AAAUAAUGAUUUGGCCGAGGUGCAGUGGAACCUUGAGCUGUGUAACCCGAGGAGGAGGAGGAGGCUUGUUGGGGCAUGAAGAUGAGUCCAGCAGGACAUGUCCCAGCCAGUCUGGUCACUCGAAUAAAUAUGAAAACCCACCUCUGGAGGCACUAAGAAAUGAAGGCAAUAAUUGCUUUAUUCUCUCCCGGCUUCAUUUCCCUGCCUUCCCUUCCCCAGGCCCUUCCAAUGGCACCUGGUGGCCCAACUCCAGCACCAGCCACCUCCUGAGGGAGAACUACACCUUCCUGGCAUACUACCAGCACUCCUCCCCCGUGGCCCUCAUGUUCAUCCUGGCCUACACCUUCAUCUUCCUCAUGUGUGUGGUUGGCAACGUCCUGGUGUGCUUCGUCGUGGUGAAGAACCGCCAGAUGCGCACGGUCACCAACAUGUUCCUGCUCAACCUGGCCAUCAGCGACCUGCUGGUGGGCAUCUUCUGCAUGCCCACCACCCUGGUGGACAACCUCAUCACAGGUUGGCCCUUUGACAACACCAUGUGCAAAAUGAGUGGCCUGGUGCAGGGCAUGUCCGUCUCCGCCUCUGUUUUCACGCUGGUCGCCAUCGCUGUGGAGAGGUUUCGCUGCAUCGUCCACCCCUUCCGGCAGAAGCUGACGCUGAGGAAAGCCCUGCUGACCAUCGCCAUCAUCUGGGUGCUGGCCCUGCUCAUCAUGUGCCCUGCUGCCAUCACCCUGACCGUCACCAGGGAGGAGCACCACUUCAUGGUGGACACCUACAACAACUCCUACCCUCUCUACUCCUGUUGGGAGGCCUGGCCUGAGACGGGGAUGAGGAGGAUCUACACCACCGUCCUCUUCUCCCAUAUCUACGUGGCUCCCCUCGCCCUCAUCGUCAUCAUGUACGCCCGCAUCGCCUUCAAGCUCUUCAAGUCGGUGGCGCCUGCCCACAGCAGAGAGGAGCCGGAGGGGAGGAGGAUCUCCAGGAGGAAGGCCAAGGUCAUCAACAUGCUCAUAAUCGUUGCCCUCUUCUUCACCAUCUCCUGGCUGCCCCUCUGGACGCUGAUGCUGCUGACGGACUACGGGCAGCUGAGCGAGGGCCAGCUCCGCCUGCUCGCCGUCUACGUCUACCCGUUCGCCCACUGGCUGGCCUUCUUCAACAGCAGCGCCAACCCCAUCAUCUACGGCUACUUCAACGAGAACUUCCGCCGGGGCUUCCAGGAGGUCUUCAGGGCUCCCCUCUGCCAGCGCAGGCCCUACACCCCCCGGAGCCACGGCCGCGGGACCCUCUUUGGCACCCGCAACCGCAUCUUCACCCAGGCGCCCACCAGCGACUCCCCAGCCGCCUCCAAGUCGGGGCUGCCGGCCCCGCGCCACGCCAGUGUCCCCGCGUGGGACGGCUGAGGAGCUGUGGCCACCAAACCACUCUGGACCAAGGGCUUGUGGGGCGGGGAAUGGGGAUUUGCCACGUUAUGGCUGCAAGACAUUGAAAUAAAGGUGUAUCCUACU